AUGUCUUUGCCGCCGGACGUUCGCGAGAAGUACAUCUCCAUCAUCGACUCGAUCCUCGAUGGCGCCGACCUCACCACCAUUACACGAAAAGACAUUCUGAAGGGUAUUCAGGACAAGGUCGAAUAUGACAUUACUCCGCAAAAGGCCCCUAUCAAGGUCUUAAUCAACGAGCGAUUUGAUGUCAUCAGCACCAAGGAAAAUGGCGAUUCUACUGUCGUGCCCUCGGUCGAGACUAUGGAGCCGGCCCACAAGACGAACGGUGUUCACACUGAGUCUCCUUCCGCAUCACCUGCCAAACGCGAGGCAAAAAGUGAAAGCCAUUCAACCGUCCUAGAUUCUCCCCCUCCAAAGAAGAAGCGCAAAACCAGCAUCGAUGCUGAUGCAGCGUAUGCGGCUCGUCUGCAGGCUGAGGAGGAUGCGCGAGCCCGUCCCACCAGAGGUGGCGCAAGCCGCAAGGCAGCGCCAGUCAAGAAAAAGAAGAAGAAGGCGAAGAAGGAAAGAGUGACUGGUUCUGACGACUCUGAUCUCGAGGACGAAGAGAAUCCGAAGCCCAAGCGGAACACUGGAUUUCAUAAACCCUUAAAUCUGUCUUCGGCUCUUUCGAGUCUUCUUGAUGGCGAAAUACAGGUAAUUGUAGCUAUUACUGCAGACGAGACAGAUACUAAGUUCGUUGUCCAGCUUUCACGCCCGGAAACCACCAAGCGGCUAUGGGCCUAUAUCAAAGCAAAUAAUCUCCAAGACCCGAAUGACAAGAGAUUUAUUAUCUGCGAUGCCAAAAUGAGAGAAGUUUUCAGACAAGACAAGGUGCAUAUGUUCACCAUGACCAAACUCGUCUCUCAACAAAUGUAUAAUCCUGACGAAUGA